UUCUCUCACCUGCUGAUUGGCUUCUGAGAAAAGAAGAGAAAAUUUGUCUGGAUCAUUGGACGAUUUGUUGGAUUGCAGUGCAUUAUCAUAUCGUAAACAAAUCCAUCAUCUCGUAUCGCCGCUUUACUAAUCAACAAUCCGCAUUACCAGAUCUGAGGGGGGCAUUCAAUUGUGUUUUGAGAUGCUGACGAAAUUCGAGACCAAGAGUAAUCGAGUGAAGGGGCUGAGCUUUCACAGCAAGAGGCCAUGGAUCUUGGCCAGUCUCCACAGCGGUGUGAUCCAGCUCUGGGAUUACCGAAUGGGCACUCUCAUCGACCGUUUUGACGAGCACGAUGGCCCUGUACGUGGUGUCCAUUUCCACACCUCUCAGCCGCUUUUCGUCUCUGGAGGGGAUGAUUACAAGAUCAAGGUGUGGAAUUACAAGCUGCAUAGGUGUUUGUUUACACUUCUUGGACACCUUGAUUACAUACGCACUGUUCAAUUCCAUCAUGAGUACCCAUGGAUUGUCAGUGCUAGCGAUGAUCAGACAAUCAGAAUAUGGAAUUGGCAGUCCCGAACUUGUAUUUCUGUGCUCACUGGACACAACCAUUACGUCAUGUGUGCCUUAUUCCAUCCAAAGGAGGAUCUUGUUGUCUCAGCAUCCUUGGAUCAAACUGUUCGUGUUUGGGAUAUUGGUGCCCUCAGGAAAAAGACGGUUGCCCCUGCAGAUGACAUCCUGCGCCUGAGUCAGAUGAAUGCAGAUUUCUUUGGUGGAGUUGAUGCUGUUGUGAAGUAUGUCUUGGAAGGUCAUGAUCGGGGUGUUAAUUGGGCAUCAUUCCAUCCCACACUCCCUCUGAUCGUCUCUGGAGCAGACGAUCGACAAGUGAAACUUUGGCGAAUGAAUGAUACAAAGGCUUGGGAGGUGGACACCUUAAGGGGGCACAUGAACAAUGUAUCAUGUGUUUUAUUCCAUGCAAGGCAGGAUAUUAUUGUGUCCAAUUCAGAGGAUAGAAGCAUCCGAGUCUGGGAUGCCACAAAACGGACUGGUCUUCAGACAUUUCGUAGAGAGCAUGAUAGGUUCUGGAUUCUUGCAGCACAUCCUGAAAUGAACCUUUUGGCUGCUGGUCAUGACAGUGGCAUGAUCGUCUUUAAAUUGGAGAGAGAACGUCCUGCCUUUUCUGUUAGUGGUGAUUCAAUGUUCUAUGUUAAAGAUCGUUUUCUCCGCUUCUUUGAGUUCUCUACCCAGAGAGACACUCAGGUUAUCCCUAUUCGAAGGCCUGGUUCUUCCACCUUGAAUCAAGGGGCUAAAACACUAUCUUAUAGCCCUACAGAAAAUGCUGUUUUGAUAUGUUCAGAAACAGAAGGGGGUUCUUAUGAGCUAUACAUUAUACCCAAAGAUAGCUUUGGCCGGGGUGAUAUUGUGCAGGAGGCAAAAAGAGGAAUUGGAGGGCCAGCUGUGUUCGUGGCUAGGAAUAGGUUUGCAGUGCUUGAAAAGAGCAGCAAUCAAGUUAUAGUUAAGAACCUUAAAAAUGAGAUUGUCAAGAAGAGUGCCCUACCUAUUGUUGCUGAUGCAAUAUUUUAUGCUGGAACUGGAAACUUGCUUUGCAGGGCAGAGGACAGAGUUAUUAUUUUUGACCUGCAGCAGAGAAUUAUUCUUGGGGAGCUUCAAACUCCUUUUGUAAGGUAUGUUGUUUGGUCAAACGAUAUGGAAAGCAUUGCUUUGCUGAGCAAACAUUCUAUUGUGAUAGCCAACAAGAAGCUUGUGCAUCAGUGCACUCUCCAUGAGACAAUUCGUGUAAAGAGUGGAGCCUGGGAUGACAAUGGCGUUUUCAUAUAUACAACCUUGAACCACAUCAAAUACUGCCUUCCCAAUGGGGACAAUGGAAUCAUCAGGACCCUAGAUGUUCCAGUAUAUAUAACAAAAGUGUAUGGAAGCACCAUCCAUUGCUUGGAUCGAGAUGGGAAGAACUGUGCCAUUGUUGUUGAUGCAACAGAAUAUGUUUUCAAGCUAUCCUUACUGAAGAAGAGGUAUGACCAGGUUAUGAGCAUGAUUAAGAGCUCUGAGCUCUGUGGCCAGGCCAUGAUUGCAUAUCUACAGCAGAAAGGUUUCCCUGAGGUUGCCCUUCAUUUUGUGAAGGAUGAAAGGACUCGCUUCAACUUGGCACUAGGGAGUGGAAACAUCCAGAUUGCUGUUGCUUCUGCCAAGGAAAUUGAUGAGAAAGAUCACUGGUAUCGUUUGGGAGUGGAGGCCCUUCGCCAGGGUAAUGCAGGCAUUGUAGAAUAUGCGUAUCAGAAGACAAAGAAUUUUGAGAGGCUAUCAUUCCUCUAUCUUGUGACUGGAAACUUGGAUAAAUUGUCCAAAAUGCUGAAAAUUGCUGAAGUCAAGAAUGAUGUGAUGGGUCAAUUCCACAAUGCUCUAUAUUUGGGUGACAUCAGAGAGCGUGUUAAGAUAUUGGAGAAUGCUGGUCAUUUACCCCUUGCUUAUAGCACAGCUGUAGUUCAUGGCCUCCAUGAUAUUGCAGAACGUUUGGCAGCUGAACUGGGAGAUAAUGUUCCGAUUUUACCCAAGGGGAAAUCUCCAUCUCUUUUGAUGCCUCCAACCCCAAUCAUCUGUGGUGGAGAUUGGCCCUUGUUGAGGGUUAUGAGAGGAAUAUUUGAGGGUGGUCUGGAUAUUGUUGACGUGGAAAACAUUCCAAAUGGAGACAUCAGUGCAGUGCUGGAGGAUGAGGAAGAACAUGAGGAAAAUGAGGAGGGAGGAUGGGAUCUUGAAGAUCUUGAACUUCCACCUGAGAUUGAUACUCCCAAAACUGCAAGUAAUGCCCGUUCUUCUGUGUUUGUUGCCCCAACUCCUGGUAUGCCUGUAAGUCAAAUUUGGACCCAGAAGUCAUCUCUUGCUGCUGAACAUGCAGCGGCUGGGAAUUUCGAUAUUGCAAUGCGUUUGUUGAACCGGCAGCUGGGUAUAAAGAACUUUGCUCCCCUAAGACAAUUGUUUCUUGACUUACACAUGGGCAGUCAUACGUAUCUACGUGCCUUCUCGUCAGCUCCUGUGAUCUCUGUGGCUGUUGAGAGGGGAUGGAGUGAGUCAGCUACUCCUAAUGUUAGGGGUCCUCCUGCUCUUGUGUUUAAAUUCUCAGAGCUGGAAGAGAAGCUUAAGGCGGGUUACAAGGCCACAACUACGGGGAAAUUUACAGAGGCUUUACGACUUCUCCUUGGUAUUCUGCAUACUAUUCCUUUGAUUGUAGUUGAUUCAAGGAGAGAGGUUGAUGAAGUAAAAGAAUUAAUUAUCAUUGUGAAGGAGUAUGUUCUGGGUUUGAAGAUGGAGCUUAAGAGGAGGGAACUUAAGGACAAUCCCGUUCGCCAACAGGAGCUAGCAGCUUACUUCACCCACUGUAACCUUCAGACGCCUCACUUGAGACUUGCAUUACUGAAUGCCAUGAGUGUUUGCUUUAAGGCUGGUAAUCUCAACACAGCAGCCAACUUUGCCAGGCGACUUUUGGAGACAAAUCCCACCACUGAAAACCAUGCAAAGACUGCAAGACAAGUCCUCCAGGCUGCCGAGAAGAACAUGAAUGAUGCAACCCAGCUAAAUUACGAUUUCAGAAACCCAUUUGUGGUUUGUGGUGCAACAUAUGUGCCUAUUUACCGUGGGCAGAAGGAUGUUUCAUGCCCGUACUGCAGUUCUCGGUUUGUUCUGGGCCAAGAAGGGCAGCUCUGUACUGUUUGUGAUCUUGCAGUGGUUGGAGCGGAUGCAUCUGGGUUGCUCUGUUCUCCUACCCAGAUAAGAUGAUCUCCUGCUGCUCAAGUAGGAGCAAUUUUUCAACCUUCAGCUACACUACAACAACGGUUAUGUUAGUUAUCUCAAGGGAUUUGAUUAGGUUGUGCUUCUCUUGUAUUUCUAUUUCAAAUUUUAUUGUUCAUGAUAAUGGUUUUCACUGUAAUGAACAGGUUAAGGAUUUUGAUCUAGGUGAUUCUUGUGUCUUUUGAGAAUAAACAAAUUAGAUUGAGCUGGCAAAUUAAUUGCUUUUCCCGAAAUGUGUAACUUUGAAAUUUCAUAUAUUGUAGACAGCAACAUUUUCCUGUUAAAUUUUCUUCUCGAAUUCCAUCAUGAGAAAUGCAAGCUGAGCUGACAGGAUUUUAAAUA